AUGAUGCACCUGGAUGUCAUGCAGAUCGUGAGCUUCGUGCUCAGCAUCAUGGUCUUCUCGGCGGGCUACAAGCUGAAGGACUUCAUCGCGGAUCUUCUCCCACCUGGACGUCUGCGCGAGAUCAAAGACGCACUUGCGGAGAUACGCGGGCUUCUGGGCAUGCUCGAGCACAAGGGCCACCUCUCCGAGACGGACGAAGCGCAGAAGUACUGGGGACAAUUGGUCCAGCUGGACAGGCGAGCCUUUGAGCUGCGAGAGGAGGUCGAGCGGUGGUCCAAAAAUGGGCUCCGUAAGGACAUCGCGAAUAUGCGCGCGCACCUUCAACAUCUGCCUCCCCCUCCGCCGCACAAAUCAACCUCCGAUCCCGCCCUCCCCGAAACCGUGGACACACCAUCUUCCUCCUCCUCUGCCGUGUCUGUCGCUUCUACUUCCUCCGCCUUCCGAAGACCGAAUGUCCCGGAAUCUCCCCAUGCUACGUCUGUCGAUACAGUCAACGCCAGAGUCGAUCAGUUGCAGGAUGGUCUGGCUACAACGAAGGAACGGGGUAGCGAAGCUGGGGCAGCUGUGCGGGAAGGGCAUACCACGGACAUGGAAACGGAUCUGACCGGCGAUUAG